CGCAGAAGGGGCCGCAGCGGAGCCAGAGCGGGCCUGGAGCCGGAGCAGGGUCGGAGCAGGCGGGCACCAUGCUGUCACCCGAGGCGGAGCGGGUGCUGCGGUACCUGGUGGAAGUGGAGGAGCUCGCCGAGGCGGUGCUGGCGGACAAGCGGCAGAUUGUGGACCUAGACACCAAGAGGAAUCAGAACCGAGAGGGCCUGAGGGCCCUGCAGAAAGAGCUCAGCGUCUCUGAAGAUGUGAUGGUUUGCUUUGGGAACAUGUUUAUCAAGAUGCCUCACUCUCAGACGAAGGAAAUGAUUGAGAAAGAUCAGGAUCAUCUGGAUAAAGAAAUAGAGAGACUCCGGAAACAACUUAAAGUGAAGGUCAACCGCCUCUUUGAGGCCCAAGGCAAACCGGAGCUGAAGGGUUUUAACCUGACCCCCCUCAACCAGGAUGAACUUAAAGCUCUCAAGGUCAUCUUGAAAGGAUGAAAUUCAAGAACCAAGAUAAGGGGCCUGAAACCAGCGUCCCCCUGGGAUCAUGUAGGACCCAGAACGCUCCAGCUUUGAAACCUGCAAGGACAGGAUCUACCCUGCAAGGGCUCAGGCAUCAGCAACCUGGCCAUGGCUCCUGUUUGCAGCCUCUGUGUCUGUAGCGCUGACCGCUCUGUGAAAGCGGAGGGAACCCUCAGCCUGCCAGUGCCUGUGGGCCUGACCACUGGGCUGAAUGGACACAAGACCCAUUGAUAGGCCUAGCAGCCACUGGGUGGGCGGGGGCAGCGCCUGUGGGGGUAUGAGAAUGACUGCAACAGACACUUCUCAACAGUGGCCUGCUGUUUAAAUGGGCCCUGGGCAGGGAAGAAGGGGAAGAGUGGGAGCUUCAUUCCAGCAUUCCUCUCAGAAAGGGAGACAUUUAAAGCAGCAUGUGUAACAGAAUUGGAAUGCAGCAGGAACCUCACAGGUGGUUUCUGAAUGAAGGACAGGAUCUUGGUGCUUCGUGGUUCACCACAACUAUCUGUGGAGCAGACAUACCAUUUCUCCCCACUCGCUCCAUUUGGGCCCAUUUUUCCUGCUUGCUCCCAGAUGGAGCCCAGCGUAGGUGCUGCUUAUCAACCCCCACAGCUGCUUUUUCGUCAGGAAGGCCUUAGAGUCCUGCACCAGAGAGGGGUGAGGGGGACUGCCUCUUCACGUGCUUCAUGCAUUCAGGAUGCCCCUCCACCGCCUCCGAAAGCAGGGCCAGGGCCAGCGCUGCUCUCUGAGUUCCCUUAUCGUCAGUGGUCUCGGGGCCUAAUGUGAAUGUGCUGUGAGGGCAACACGGUAUCUUUCUGUUCACUGAGGCUUCAAUAAAGGCACCUAAUGAAUGGA